AUGUGCCUUAAGUAUAAAACAGGAUUCGAGCAAAUGGCUGUAAACAGUAUAUUUUUAUGCCUGAGGAAAUGGAUUGAUGAUCAUAUUAAUAGCAAUGAUAAUAAGGCUGCCGGUAAAAGAAAAUGUGAGCAUAUAAACGAAAGUAUGUGUGCUAUACAGAAUUUGAACAUAUCGAGAGGAAGACAAACUAUGGAAGAAGCAAAAAAAUCCCAUAAAUCUUCAAAUGAUUUAAGAGAUCCUAACAUUUAUUUAUGA